UGAGGGUCACCUGUAAGUGAAUAAGUCAAAAAGUACUGUUAGAAUAAUGAAAUAACAGUCAAAAAAAUCAAUUUUUGGGGGUGAAAAAUCGCUCCCAAAUGACGUCUAGAGCAUACAAAAAUUUGAUAAUAGAUAUAUUUGGAUACGUCCAAAUAACAUAUCGGAGAAUCAUUUCCAAAAUGAAACUCUCAUAGCGUGUUUAACUUUCGAAACACCAAGGUUAUACCAGGGACAAAACGUAUGAAAUGUCAUGUUUUGUUCCUUGUUUAUAGGGAACAUCUCAUGGUAGCCUAUGUUGACUAACAAAGCUAAUAAUUUACCUCAUGCUCCAUCCCACGACCUUAUACCAAAAAGAAAAAGGAAAAAAAUUCGACUUUUUUAUGGGGUUUUAGAAUUAUAACUCAGAUUAGGUGAAAGUAAUUAUAAAUUUAAUUGAUUAAAAGAGAAGCCAUUCUAUAAAGGGAAAAUUUAAUUGUUAGUUACACGGGAUACUACAAUAUACAAAAUUUUAUGGUUUUUUGGCUUAAUGCUCUCAUGUUCAGCUUAGUGACAACGGGCUAAAUUCUUGCAGGGAAUUGGUCGAAAAGUACAGCGAAGAAGUGGUUAAACUUGGUGGAAAACUAAUGAAGAUUUUCUCAAGAAAUCUUGGGCUAAAAGAAAAUUACCUCGAAGAAGCUUUUGGAGGAAAUGAAAAGAUGGGUGCAUGCUUAAGGGUAAAUUAUUACCCUAAAUGCCCGGAACCCGGGCUUACAUUAGGGAUUUCACCACACUCUGACCCUGGUGGCAUGACCCUUUUGUUCCCAGAUGAAAAUGUAUCAGGCCUACAAGUACACCAUAAAAAUAACUGGGUCACUGUUAAACCACUUCCUAACGCCUUCAUUAUCAACAUGGGAGAUCAAUUGCAGGUGGUGAGCAAUGCAAAUUACAGAAGUGUGGAGCACAGAGUGACAGUAAAUGCAGAGAAAGAAAGGGUUUCACUUGCUUUUUUUUACAAUCCAAGAGGUGACAUACCCAUAAAACCUGCAGAGGAGCUCAUCACAGAGGAUCAUCCCCCACUCUAUCCAUGCAUGACUUUUAAUGAAUACAGACUCUAUAUCAGGACAAGGGGCCCUUGUGGAAAGGCUCAAGUCGAAUCCCUAAAAUCCCCACAAUAACUUCUUGCUGUCUUUAAUUUCUAAUAGUUAUGUAUGUUUUCAGUGGAAUAUAUUUGGAGUAUUUUGUUCCAAGUUUAUAAUUUGCAAUGCAAUCAAGAAACUAUCUGGGUAUUAUGAUAAUUGUUAUCGAUUUUAUCCCGCAAGUGUACGGAUCGUAACAAGUAGUAAAGUGGACCUUUUGAGUC